AUGCCCGGCCUGAUAGUGUUCAGGAGAAGAUGGAGUGUCGGAUCGGACGAUUUGGUCGUUCCUGGCGCAUUCCUUUUCUCCAUGCAUCUCAUAUGGACCAUAAUACUGGGCGUAGUUCUGUUCCUAGUCGAGUACGACCGAAGUCAGCAGUGCGUCCUGUUGCUAUGGAGUCUCGUAGUUGGCUAUCUUGCUAUCCUAGUCCUCUCAAUGGCCUUGGAAGUGAGCGUAUGCGCAGUAGCCAUACGUGGAAGCAUCCUCGAUACGGGAAAAAGGGCUGCAAUGCAGUAUAUACUCUACCUCAGACUGACUGUGAUGAUCAUUGAAGCCGCAUGGCUCUCAGCAGGCAUAGCCUGGCUAGUAAACUAUUAUUUAGACUGUCCUGUAGAUAAAGCGAAGGAAACCGUUUUAGUUAUGGUAGCUUUCAAUUGGUGUAUUCUUUUGUCCGUCAUAAUAACUGUUUGGUGUACCUAUGACAGUGCUGGACGCUCUUGGGUGAAAAUGAAGCAGUACCAAAGAUCCAUGAGGGAAUCUGAGUCCAAAUUCCAGUACAAAAGAUCGGGUAGUACUAGGAACUGGAGGCAAAGGAAGGUUCUCAGGGCUUAUCAAGACAGCUGGCAUAAUAGAUGUCGUUUCUUAUUUUGUUGUUCCUCUGCCCACGACAGAAAUCGAAAUUCCUUCACUGACAUAGCCAGACUGCUGUCGGAUUUCUUCAGGGAUCUAGAUGUCGUACCGUCUGAUGUUAUCGUGGGGUUGGUACUGUUGAGGAAAUUCCAGAAGAUCGAGCAAAAAGCUAUCGUCGAACAGCGAAAGAAUGACACCUACGAGUUCCUAUCUGGAGUUCCCAUAACUCCCAAGACAAAUUUUUUGGCAUUACAUGAAGAUGGCAGCGACUUGGAACUAUUUCAAGGAGUCAUACACUACGCCAACUUCGCUGUCCGAGCUUACGGUUGGCCCAUAUACAUGGUGACCAAUUCCAUGGGACUGUGCCAUCUAUGUGCUGGCUUGAGGUGUUGUUGCUGCAUUCCUUGUCGGAAGAGUGGAGAAAGUCCUCAGCCAGAAAUAGUUGAGGAUAAUUGUUGUCGUUGUAAUUUCGUCACUUUACAGAAACUCGUCGAUCACGGAGACAUUGAAAUAAUUUACGCGACCUAUCACGUUGACGUAGGACAAACUCCCUUUUUCGUCGCCAUUGAUUAUGAUCGCAAAAAGGUCGUUAUAAGCAUCAGAGGAACUCUAUCCAUGAAGGAUAUUUUGACGGAUUUGAACGCAGAAGGAGAAACUUUGCCCUUGAGUCCGCCUAGGGACGAUUGGUUAGGACACAAGGGCAUGGUGCAGGCAGCACAGUAUAUAUUGGAAAAACUGGAUGAAGAGCAGCUCAUCGAGAGAGCUUGGUCGCAUAAAGUCGAGCGAGGCACUGGCGAUUUCGGCAUAGUGAUCGUUGGACAUUCUCUUGGUGCUGGAACAGCUAGCAUCCUCGGCAUACUUCUCAGACAGAGGCAUCCGGACCUUCUGUGUUAUUGCUAUUCGCCACCAGGCGGUCUUCUGUCCUCUCCUGCUGUCGAUUACACCAAGGAGUUCACUGUGUCGGUAGUGGUGGGAAAAGAUGUUGUUCCUCGGAUAGGGUUGCAUCAAAUGGAGACGCUGAGGACUGACCUCAUAAACGCCAUAAAGAGGAGUGUCGAUCCCAAGUGGAAAACCAUCGCUUGCAGCGUCCUCUGCUGCGGCUGCUCGCAACCCACUUCAGCAGUGGAACUGUCCACUGGAGAAAAGGAUGUCAGCGAGUACAUGCGCUGCAAGGAGAACGCUCGCUGUUUGGGGCUGCACCCCUCUGACAGCUCCAUAGCUCUCACGAGCCACCAGCCCCUUUUUCCUCCAGGUAGAAUAGUCCACAUCGUCAGACACCAUCCGACCACCGGGCAACAAGCCCUGAACUCGAAGGAACCGGUCUACCAGGCCCUAUGGGCAGCCAACGUGGACUUCGACGAAGUCCUCAUCUCCCCAGUCAUGAUCCAGGACCACAUGCCCGACAAAGUGCUCGAUGCCCUCAACAAGGUUGUAACUACCAUGGGCCCCAAAAAACCUCAACGCUCCUCCUCCACAAGCGAUCCAUCCUCCAACUACUUCUCCGCAACUUCCAUUCCCAAUUACUGCUUGGAAACCAGUUUCACUUCCCUUCAAAGCCCAUCCAGUCAAUCCUCCAUCACCAACGGUUACUACUCCUCAAAAAGCCACCACUCCCCGCUAUCUCUCCAGCGUUACCCCUCAAACUCACCCUCGAAUGCAUUCUUUCCCAAAAAUCCCUUCUCUAGCCUCAAGAGUCCCUCUAUAGGAACCCAGCAUUCUUCUGAACCCCAGGCUAUCACCAGAACGUUGAGUUUGAGUCUGCGCAGUUGUACCAGUCCGAAGGUCGAUUUAAUUCACGAUGAUUGGUUGGGGUUGGCACCCUUGGCUAGCCCUGAAAGUCUAUCGGAAUUGUCCAGUAUUAGUUCCAGGACCAGUCUGGUUAAGAGCAAUGUUAUUGUCGAGGUCAAUUCUACACCGAAGAUCAUGCGUAGGACUACUAAGAUCAUAGGCAAUUUGAGCACCUGCGCUGAUGAUAUUCGUAACGUCAAAAACUUCCAGAAAGCCAAAACGUUCACAAGGUUACUGACCAAUAACAAUGCAGAAAGCUCUUCGAGUAGUAAUCUUAGCUACGAGUCUGCUUCAAGUAGCACUAAGUGCUGUGGAGGCAGAAGUACAGCUGAGGAAGUGUGCCAAACACUGGAGUGUGGUGGAACUGAAUGUGAACCGAGCGACAACGAAUUUCAGUCGGCAGAAGAUAUUUUAGACAACGUACUCGCUAGCGCUGGUUGCAAAGAAUUCUUCAACUCUGAAUCUAACUUUCUGGAAACGCAUUUCGACUUACUGCAAGAACAACUGUCUGAUAGUCCGAGUGUAGGGUACUUUGGUUCAUGCCCAACAACAUAUCCACAGAUGACAUCCCCCACUUCCCCCUACGAAAUCGACCCGGACCUCAUCUCGAACCUAGCCAUCGACCUCAACCUAGACCAAGAACACCGAUCCCUCCACUUCCAGAAACCCCCCACCCGUUCUCACAGCCACCCCUCCAGCAGCAUCGACUCGGGCAGCGCGUGUCGCACCCCCUGCGACCACCCCAAGAACGUCACGUUCAACCCCCAAGUCGUCACUGUCGACGCCUCUAUCUGUGACCCACCCUAUUCUCCACCCAGAUGGCUCCACCUCUUCCGCAGCAAGACCGCCCGCCAGAGGGCGGAGCCACUCCCACCUGUUGCGACCGUCAGGCCCGGCGCACCAAUCAAGACGAUCCUGUCGAGCAAGAGACGGAGCGAAGAGAGUGAGGAGUGUUUUGCACGGACAGAGGCGUUGCCUUUGCUGAGUGGGUUGGGCAAUAGUGCGAGUGAGAGGACGCCUAGUCCGGGUUUCGUGAGGAGGAAGAAGUAUGUGUACCCUUCGGAUGUGGUGGUAGUGACUCAGCAUCCUAAUGAGAGUACUGUUUAA